AUGGCCAAGAGAUCUACCAAAAACGCCAUCGCCAGUCGCGCCGGUCGCGGGAAGUUUCAGGGCGGCAACCGGAUUGCAGCCCGGCCCAUUCGGGAGCAGGCCGGUGUUUUGCUCAAACGACGCCUAACGUCUGCCUCGCGUCAGAAGACUGUGCAGGAAACGCGGGCGGUAGAGUGGCAGAGGAUGGCGGUCCCUGCUGCCGUCACCAUGGGGGCCAUGGCCAGCACAUCAAACGAGCUGGUCCCCAUUGCCGGGCUCCCGUCCAUCGACGACGUCUUUCCAGAGUUCGGCCAGGGCGAGAUCCCGACCAUGGGGGCCAUGACGGCCAGCACUUCUUACAUGCUGGCCCCCAUCUCUGGGCUUCCAUCCAUCUACGACGUCUUUCCAGGGCUCUGUCCGGGCUCGGAGCCUCUGCCCCUGCCGGACACCAAUCGCCGGGCGGUGCCAAAGUUCGAGAUCUGCGGGCAGCAGAACUGCGGCAAGCAUCCUGAGUUGCAUCCGUGGUGGCAGUGGCCGUAUCCGGCGACGACGUGCUACAAGUGUUUACGUCAGAGCACACCGAAUGAGCUGCACGCGCUUCCUUGUGGCCAUGCUCUCUGCCAUGGCUGUCUGGAGCAGACCGUGGCCGAGAUCAAUGCGAACGUGCAACACGAGAGCUCCUGGGCCGAGAUAUCGACGCAUCUGGAGGAGCACUGGGCAGCAUCCAGUCCCAACGGCGGCUCCGGACAGCUCGACAGCAGACAGCCAAUCCUGAAUAGCUCCCCACUCGACCGCGCCAUGGCCGCCGCCGGCUUCCACUGCUGCGGCAAGAACAUGCACCUGGAGCGCUAUGCGAUGUGCAUGACACCGCACACGGUGCGCACCUUCUGGCUGGCCUGUGAGGCCAUCCGCUGGCCGCUCGAUAUGGCGCGAAACCGGUGCGGAUGGCCUGACUGCGGGCGCCUGGUCAGUCCCACUUGUUCCUACGUGCGCAACCACGGUACUGUGUACCAUUGCCUGUACUGCCAGGGCAACUCGUACUACAUCUGCAAGACUCUGCCGCUUCCAAAGUCGAAACCGCAACGCAAGAGCCUUCCGGCACCCGGCCCUCCCAAGGAAGACCCGAUCCCGAUCGCUAACAAUGUGUCACCGCUGCCGUUGUGGCAGCGCUUGGGGCCAUUGACACGCGCUGCUGAGGGUUACGCGCGAGCACAACGCAACCGACCCUAUGUGACACAAGUAUGCAGCUCCCUGGUCAUCGCGCUGUGCGCUGAUCUGUCGGUGCAGCGAAUGAGCGCCUGGGUGGCGGAGAAGGAGGUCGUCCCGACAGAUUCAAUCACCCCGACCUCUUCUUCCCCCCUGUCCACAUACUCUUACGAUCCCGUGCGCACUGCUCGCUCCCUUGUCAUCGGCGCCAUCUUUGCCAUUCCCACUUACCGCUGGUUCAUCUUCUUGUCGCGCAACUUCAACUACUCCUCCCACAUCUUCUCCCUCACCGUCAAGAUCGUCGUCAACCAGCUCUGCUAUACGCCUGUCUUCAAUUCCUAUUUCUUCGGCAUGCAGGCGUUGCUGGCCGGCGACACGCCUCAAGAGGCCUUCGAUCGCGUGCGCCGCACUGUGCCCAUCAGCUUUGUGAACGCUCUCAAGCUGUGGCCCGCAGUGACCGCCUUCAGCUUCACAUUUGUGCCGAUGGAGUAUCGGAGUGUUUUUUCGGGCGUCAUCGCUGUAGGCUGGCAGACUAUAAAUACAAACCGAUCUGUCUCAACCUCUCCCCACUCAGAAGCUGGUGUUUCAGCCCCCUCAACUCAAACUCCAGGCUCGGAGCAGUCCCAACCUGUCUCGAGAUUGCGAUCGGCCUUCUGGAUAACGUCCAUCAGCCUGUCCGUAUUCGCUACAUACCUCUAUGCCACAGACACAAGAGCAUCGGUCCACCGUUGGUUGGUGCCGCGCCUCCUGCGCCUAAUCUACACGGAUGCCGAAGAGGCCCACCACAUCGGCACGCAGUCUAUGAAGAUCCUGUACCAGUUGGGGCUCCACCCACGCGACCGCACAGACGACGAGGACUCACAGAAGAGCACGCUGGCUACGACCGUGUUCGAGGAGCCCGACAGUUUAGCGCUCAACAACCCCAUUGGCAUAUCUGCCGGUCUCGACAAGAAUGCAGACAUUCCAGACGCGCUCUUUGCUCUGGGUGCUGCCGUCGUUGAGGUUGGCGGCUGCACGCCGCGUCCACAGGCUGGCAACUCGCGGCCGCGCGCAUUUCGCGUCCCCGCCAUCGAAGGCUUUGUCAACCGCUACGGACUGAACUCCAUUGGGGCUGACGCCUUGGCCUCGCGUCUGCGCGCCCGUGUCCGCCAGUUCUGCCGCGACCACGCCGAAAAACACCUCACCGAGGCGGACGUCCUGUCAGGCGCUGCUGGCGUCCCCCCGGGCAGCCUCUCACCCGGCCGUCUGCUGCUCGUGCAGAUCGCAAAGAACAAAGACACAGAUGAACGCGAUGUCCGGGCUGUCGCUGAAGACUACACCUACUGUGUUCGCCGUCUUGCCCCCUAUGCAGACGUCAUCGUCGUCAACGUCAGCAGCCCUAACACGCCUGGCCUGCGCGACCUGCAGGCUGUCGAACCUUUGACGCGCAUCCUGGGCGCGGUUGUCGAUGAGACUCGAAAGUCGGCCAACAAACUCACUGCUAUGCGGACCAUUCCAACUCGAGUUAUGGUCAAAGUCUCACCUGACGAAGACAGCGACAGCCAGAUCGACGGCAUUUGCGAGGCUGUUUGGGCCAGUGGCGUCGACGGCAUCAUUGUAGGCAAUACGACCAAACGCCGAACAGGCCUCAUUCCGGAGAAAUUGCGCAUUCCCGUAGAUCAGCAGCGGGCCCUUGCUGAAACCGGUGGAUUCUCUGGUCCAGCCAUGUACGGCCGUACUCUGGCGCUCGUGAAGCGUUACCGUCAGCGGCUUGACGAACAGGCACUGCAUCUCACGGCGCCGAUGAACAAAGACAACGUUAAACCUGUGGCACGUAAAGCACUGUUCGCAUCUGGUGGCGUCACAACGGGAAAUGACGCUCUGAACUUGCUCAACGCAGGAGCUAGCGUAGCGAUGGUGUACACGGGCUUGGUGUAUGGUGGUGCCGGGACUAUCACAAGGGUGAAGCAGGAACUCAGAGACGAGAUUGCUUGUUUUGAUGUAAAAGAAAAGGGUAUAUAA